AUGGAACGCAGAGAUUCCACAAUGUUCCCUAACAAUAAUCAUCUCAAACCCAUCAUUCUUGAUCCUUCUGUUCAAAAUCGCGGUGCUCAAAACGGCACCGUGGUGGAAACCCCUUAUCCCUUUCGCCCAUGGAAUCUGCACCAAGUUCAGAGUUCUGAGUCUUAUUGGUUGAAUCAGAUUCAGAACACUGUUAACCCUACUGUUGGUGUAGAAGCCAUUGAGUCUGCUAUGAAAGGACUUAACUUGUCCACGAAUCACUAUUCCCGUGAUUUGGGGACCAAUGUUUUUGUUCAAGAAGAUUGCUAUUUGAGUAGUUUAAGGAUGCGUGCUGCUGCUGCUGCUGCUGCUGCCCCAGAUUGGAGGAUGGGAAAUUCAUUUGAAUAUCCUAAUUGGAAUAGAGUUAGGUUAUUAGAAUGUUACAGGUUAAUGAUGCAACGCUCACAAUCACAAGUGGGUCGUUGUAAUUUUAAUUCACUUGAAGGUGUGAGGAGAAGGGUGGUUUCAAUGGCAGAGGAUCAAUAUGGUUGUCGUUUACUGCAGAGGAAGAUUGAUGUGGGGACCCCUGAGGAAAUUGGAAUGAUCCUCUCUGAAGUGAAGGAUCAUUUGCAUGAGCUAAUGAGACACCCUUUUGGCAAUCACGUAGUUCAGAGGAUUUUUGAGGCAAGGACUGUCACUGUGGAUCAGAAAGAUGCAAUUUUUUCAUUGAUUAUCCAAGAUAUGCAGAAACUGAAAUAUGUCUGCGUAGACAAAUACGGGAGUCGGGCAAUGCAGAGAAUGCUGGAGCUGAAUGUUGAAACCCAAGAUAAAUUAUAUGCAGUUUUAUGUGCAUUUCAUCCCAUCAUUGUCAUAUUGGUGAAAAAUGAUAAUGGUGCUAAUGUCAUUGAGCACUGUGUGAAGCUUUUCCCACCAGCAUAUCAAAAAGUUAUUUUGGAUGAAGUUGCAAUGAAUUGCAUUGAUAUUGCAACAGAUAAAAGCGGUUCUACUGCUAUUCAAAAUUGUCUGGGCCAUGUUGAUCGGGUACAAGCUAUAUUUCUGCUGGUUAAAGAAAUUAUAGUCAAUGCUGCAGUCUUAGCAGAAGAUAAAUAUGGGAACUAUGCGGUGAAGGUUUUAGUUGGAAUGAAGAUGCCUACGGUAAAUGCAUCAAUAAUAUCAGGACUUCGCGGAAAAUAUGUUCAAUUAUCUAUGAAUAAGUUUGGUAGCCAUGUGGUGGAAGAUCUCUUGCAAUUUUCUGGAGAGGAUGCUGCUAUUAUAAUUCGGGAGAUUAUAGAUAGCCGUGAAUUCUUGAAUGUUCUUCAGCAUCCUUACGGAAAUUUUGUUGCUCAGAAAGCACUGAAUUUCUCCACGGGUCUUCUGCAUAAAAGCCUUCGGAAUACCAUUUUAUCCAAUUAUGGAAAUUUACAUAGUCAUAUUUAUGGGAAAAAAGUGCUAGCAGUUGCCAAAGGAAGCAAGAUAGGUAAUUGUCCCAUUACUGACUAUUUUGUGGAGAUGUAA